GUUCGGGGUUGUCUCUCUCUACACGCUGCAGCUCUUCAGGCGUGUGCUGCUCCAGCAGAGGUCCCGGGAGGCUGUGAGGAGGGACUCCUCUGCCAGCAGAGGGGGACGCGAUGGGUUCCAGUCCCGCGAUGCACAUUGGGCUCUCCGUCAUCCCUCGGGUUGCGUGCCUGGCACCUGCAUAGACUUGCAUCUUGGUCUGGAAUCUGGGACCCGAAAAUGCAGCGUCUUCCUCCUGCUGGGCGGCAGAGGGCGCUUUUGUCCUGGGUGGGCAGGAAGGCAGUGGGUGAGAGGGACCAUCCCUGGCGUGGGUGCUGGGCGCGGCGGCAGGGGCCGAGUCUUGCAGCUCGGCCGCAUGGGCCCCAGCCGGCUGCAGCUUCCCUUGCUGGCUGUGGGUCACCUCAGGGCAUUUCUGCAGCCAGUCGGCACCUGCACCGCGGCUUGGGGGCUCUGCUCGCUGAGGUCCUUUCCCUCGGAGGGCGGCGGCCCAAGGUCUCCCCGCCUUGCUCUGUUGCUUCUCCAGUUGGUCGUAGGUCAUGUAUGCUUCAAAGGACAUGGUGGGCUGGUGCGGUGGCUCCUGCCCGCCGCCGCCGCUGGGUUGCGCCUCAGCCUGCGGGAGGAGGCCUGCGGACGCGCUGGCCAAAGCAGGAGCUGCCAGGUGGGCGUGUGCGGCCUCGACGUGGCUGGAGUUGUCUUGGAGCCCGGGCCGCGGGUCUUCUGGCCCGCUUCGGAGCUGGCAGCUCUGGGGGUGCUGCCGGGUCUUUUCUGCCCGGCUUGCCCGCGGGUCUUUGCGCUUGGCCUUGCCGAGCUCGUCUGCAGCCAGCUGCGGGAGGGACCAAAGUGGAGUGCGGGGGCGCCCUGUGGCCUGCUCCGCCGGGCCCCCCGAGGCUGGGGGGUUCCCCUUGGCGCCGUGUUCCUCGCGGGAGGAGAGCUGGCCGAGGGAGGCGGGAGGCGCCUCCCCUGCCUUGGCCCUCAGCGGGCCGUUCUCCCUGGGGGUCGACUUGUGGGUCUGGCCUUGGCUCCGCGCCGCUUUGCCCUGGGCUUCUUCCCAGUGUUCUUGCGGCAGGGGGCUGGCGCCGUGGUGCGGGGCCCUCGCGGGUCCCUCUGCAGGCUGGCGGAGGCCCGCGGCAGGGGCAGGGUCCGGGUCCUCCUCGUGCCAAGUGGAAGUGUCCGCCGACUCCUGGGCUGGGCGGCCAGAGCGCGGCAAGGCUUGGCGCGGGCGCCAAGGAGACGCGCGUGUGCGCGGCUCGAGCUCGGAGAGCCUCCUGGGCCUUUUGUGUGCGUGGGCAGGCUUGGCGGGCUGGCUGCCGACGGCCGUGCCGGGUUCUGGGGCGCCUCGGUCUGCUUGCCCCUCCUCCUCCUCCUCGUGCUCCUCCUCCUCCUCCUCCUCGUCGUCGUCGUCCUCCUCCUCCUCCUCGUUCUCCUCCUCGUCGUCCUCCUCGUCCUCCUCCUCCUCGUUGUCCUCGUCCUCGUCCUCCUCGUCGUCCUCGUCGUCCUCGACCUCGUCGUCCUCGUCGUCGUCGUCAAGAGCAGCCCAGGGCCGCUUGCGCGAGUGGCUGGGUGGCGAGUCUUGCUGGGCCCGCCCAGGGCUUGGCUGCGCGCGAGCCAGCUGCUUCCACUGGGCCGCCAGGUCCCUGGCCACGCUGCCCACCAUCUCGUAUCUUCGCAAGGCCUUCACGGUCUUGCGCACGCGGGUCUGCGCCAGCAGGUCGGCGGUCAUGGGCAGGGCCGAGAGUCUCCUGAGAUACUUGUGGAGCUUCCGGGGCUUGGUGCUGGCGGCCAGGCGUGCGUGCAGCCGCCUGACCUCUUGCAGCGGCCAUUCUGCCUCCAUGGCUGUGGGUGGCCCGGCUCGGGGCAGCGGCUGGCUGGCUGGCUGCGGGGCGCCGGGGUCUUGCUGAGCGCCGCUGGGCUGGCCUGCUCCUGGGCCCUCGGGUGGCAGGGCCGCGGGUGCAGGUGGUGCGCUGUGCCUGCUGGCUCCAGCGCUCUGGCUGCAGACCCUGGCCUUAACUAGCCCUAGGCUCCACCCCCUGCGGGCGCCGGUGGGCCACGCCCUGAUGGACGACCAGGGCAUCCGGCCCUGCGCUGCCCCGCCCACUGCCCCAGGCCCUCCUCGCUCCUGAUUGAUCCAUUGGCCUCCAAGUCCAAGUCGGGACCACCGUGAAGGCCGAGCCUGCCCAGGGUCCUGCUCCAGCAGUUCUGUGGUUCCCCCUUGGAGAUGCGGCAAGGGGCUCUGGGUGGUCGGGGAAACGCGCGCCAAGUCCCCGAAGAGUGAGAGGCUCCGGGACGGGAACCCGCCCCGAAACUCAACAGCCCAGGCCCCCCUGGAGUCGCAGCCUUGGAUAGAAGCCAAGGCAUUGGGGCCUCCCCUCCGUGGAGGGGCCUCCGUGGUGUGGUGUGCCGUGCACCGGAUCAGCGCCUGAGGGCACAAGUCGGCCCCGUGGCUGGUGUCCGCCGCCCCGCCCCGCCCCGCCCCGCCCUGCCCCGACCUGCCCUAUCCCAUCCCAUCCCAUCGUGGGAGACAGUGGGCCACGGAGCCAUUCUUCUUGACGGAAGGGAUGCUCCUUCUCUUCUCUCAGAUGACCUGAACGUUAGUCCUAGAGCCUGAGCCAGACCCCAUCAUUCCCCUGCUCCUGUUUGAAAGGGGGUUUAGCCCUCUGCUUUCAACUGGGAGGAUGCCAUGGGUACCAGACCGGCUCCUCUGCCACCCUUCAUUGUGGAGUUGUUUUGCCAGGGUUCAUAGUGUGCAAGCAUGAGUUUUGGUAACAUAAAGACAAAGAUUCCUAUUCUAAGGUUUUUCAGUGCUUUAAUAACUGGUUGUUCAUGUGUACUGUGUUUAUUGGGCUGUACAGCCUGGUCUGAAAUCGAAAUAUAUCUUGCGAAUUCUAUUUAUUAUUUAAAACUAACACCCCUUUUUAUCUAGCACUUGUCCCUGUGUUCCUGAGCAUAGUUGACAAAU